ACUAGUUUGCAUCAUUCAAACCCAAUUUAACUUAUUUUAGAGCUUGCUAUAUAUGGCUACCUCAAUCAAACAUACUAUUCAAUGGUAUAAGUGCAAACAUUUUGUUAUAAAAGGUUGUAGCACCUUUGUUCCAACUCGGUGGAAACUUGAACACCCCAUUUCAUUUGAAACAUUCAAUUUUUUUUUAUUAAAAUGAAAGUGUCAAGGAUCAUACUUGUGACCCUUUUCUUGUUUAGCUUGGUCGUUGUUCCUACAAAUUCAAAAAAAUCAAAAAAAUCAAAAAAACCAAAAAAAAUUGAUUUUGAUUUGGACUAUGGAUUUGGAUCUGGACUUACUGUUGAUGAUCAAGAACAAAAACUGGUAGAUGAUGAAAAGCAAAACCCAAAGACUGGGUUUGAUAAAGGUCAUCUUAAGCAAGGGUUCUAUAGCGAAAGUUGUCCAACUGCAGAGAAAAUCGUGGCUGAUGCUCUUGUUGAAAUUACGAAGACAAAUCCAAACGCAAUUGCUAACAUUAUUCGUCUUCAAUUUCACGACUGCUUCGUUGUUGGUUGUGAUUCCUCAGUCUUGCUAGACUACACACCAACAGGAGACAAAGUAGAAAAAAGUUCGAUGUUAAAUGGUCAACUUCUCAAAGGAACUGACUUCAUUGACGACAUUAAAGCAAAACUAGAAGAACAAUGUCCGGGAAUAGUUUCAUGCACAGACACAAUAGCAUUUUCAGUUAACGAAGGAAUGUUCCUUUCCGGAUUACCUCGUACAGCUCCCCUUGGAGGCCGUAGAGAUGCGCUCUAUUCCCUAGCAUCUAUCGCGGAAGACGACAACCUUCCAAUGCCUAAUUGGCCGAUGGAAAAAAUGGUUGACCUCUUCACAAAAAAAGGUUUCACAAUUGAAGAAAUGGUUAUUUUACUUGGUGCGCAUUCAAUUGGUGUGGCUCAUUGCGAUGUUUUUAUGGAAAGGAUUUACAAUUACGCAGACACGAGGAAACCUGAUCCUUUGCUUCCAUUUCCAAUUGUUAAUGAGCUUCAACAAAUAUGUGCGAACCCUGGGACACCUCUUUUUAGAAACCCUGUAGUGAAUUUCGAUGAGACACCAGCGUUGCUUGACAACUUGUUUUUUAAGAAUAUGGUGACGAAGAAGAAGACGCUUUUGGUUACAGAUGCUCAUUUGUUUAAUGAUCCUAGGACAAUUCCUAUUGUUGAAGAACUUGCUAAGGAUAAUGGUUUGUUUCAAAAGAAGUUUGCUGAAGCUAUGGUUAAGAUGGGUUCUUACAAUGUUAUUACUGGGAAUGAUGGUGAGGUGAGGAAGACUUGCAGGUCAACUAAUUAAUUAAUUAAUUAUUCUUCAUUAAUAUAUAUGUGAAAAUUGUAAUGGUGUUUAACACAUUUUGUUUAUAUUUUUUUGUUAUCACAGUGUAAUAAUAAAUGAUCAAUUGCUUCUUGUUUA